AUGCCCUCCGAAACAGACCCCCUCCUCCCGCGAUACGACGACGAAACCGCCCGCCAGCGCCGUCUCCACCAAAAGCUACACACCUACCAGAUGCUCCGCGCCAUGGCCGAAGGCUACAUGCCCUCCACCGAGCAAACCAUCGCCAACCUGCGGACCCUGUUAGCGUCGGACCUGUUGAAUCUGCGUAAUCAGGAUAUCGGGUCCGUGGGGAGGUUGCUGGUGCGCGAUGCAAGGCUGUGGAUCACAGUGUUGAUUGAGUUUCUGCGGGAGAAGAACGAGGGCGAUUUGUUGCAGGAGUUUUUGUGGAGGUUGGCUCGGUCCAGGGUGGAGGUUGAUGCUGGGCGGGUCGGGGGGAGUGCUAGGCGCGUGAAGGCGCGGGCGGAUGCUAAAGCUGCAUAUGAUAGCUUUCGCACGGUUGGCAGUUUACUUCUGACGAAUGCGGAUUUUCGUCUCUUCGUCGACGACGUUGCUACUGUUGGUCGCCAGAUCUUUGCCGAUACCGCGGCUUCACUGUCCGAGACCUCGAAACAGGUCGCUGAGCAGGUGCAGCCGUCGGAGGAAGAGACAAGAGCUUUGCAAGGAGCUGGCGCGGACGAGGGACAGGAGUUAUCCCGCGAGGAAUUGAAGGAAGAAGUCGCGAAUGUGGUUGAUAUCACGGGUAAGGGGGUUGCACGGACAGAGCAAGCAGCUAUAGAAAGUGCAAAAGAGCAUCUAUCAGGUCAAGAACGGGAUACACUGUUGUACCGAUUGAAGCAAGCUGUCUCGAAGCUCCGCGAACGAACCGACUACACAGAUUCUGUUUCGACUAUCACGCAGUUGAUCCAGCGCUAUGCGGCGAUAUACGCCACUGCUGCGGAAAAUACAGCCGCAGCGGCGCAGGAAGAUAUCGAGGCGAACGAGGACUUCAAAAAAGCGGUUGAUCACUUCUGGAAGUUGCUACGUCUGUUUGGGGACGCUAAGGAGUGGGAUAGACUCAAGGAGAAGUUCCAUGAUGUCUUGCGCCAUGCUGAGAAAGAUCCCGAGUUUGAGCGCUUGAUGGGGGACGUCACUGGCUCGCUAAAAGACAUGCUUACCGACCCGGCAUUCUUUGACUCGGCAUCUGAGAAGCUUGACGAGUUGCAGCAGCAGUCGGAGAAGGUGGGCUCUGAAACUGGGAUUCGCAAGGAUAUGGAUGAGCUCUUGGUUCAAGCGAAGCGGACCCUGCGGAGUGUUCCUGCAGACAACGAGGUUUCUAAACUGGUCAAUGCGACUAAAAAGCUACACCACGAUGCAUACAAUGCCUACAAAGAUAACAAGGCUGAUAUCCCCGUUGACAUUGCGAAUCUCUUCCUUCCUAUGGUCCUGCGCAUGAUCCAGUACAUUCCCAUCCCCCGACUGGAAGUGUCCGCGCCGGAGAUGGACCUGCUGCUGGAGAAUCUUAUCCUUGAACCCGGCCGGACAGUCAAUUUCUCAUCAUUCCUACCAUACCGCAUCAACCUGCUCACACGCAAUGAGAUUGACAUUGUGAAAAAGCAUGCCAAGCGUACAGACACUACUAUCAAGACGGCCUUCACAUUAAACAUCCAAGGCUUAAACCUCAGCGCCCAAGACUUCGGGUACUGGCUACGCACACACGCCGGCCUAUUCUUCCACUUCAAAGACGAAGGAAUAGCCAGCUUCUACCUCGACCGCCGAGGCAUCGAUAUCUCCCUCGACGUUGAAGUAGGCCGCGGCCGCCUCGAUCAAAUCUUCUCUCUACACGGUGUCCGUGUCCGCAUCCACAAGCUCGACUACAAAGUCUCCCAAAGCAAAUGGAAGUUCCUCCUAUGGCUGACAAAGCCCUUCCUAAAACACCUUGUCCGGCGUGUCCUCGAGAAGAAAAUCGCCGAGGAGAUUGUUUCAGCUGCCUUUGCGCUGAAUCGCGAGCUGGUCUUUGCUAGAGAACGACUUCGUGCGGCUCGUAUUGCGAACCCGCAGGAUUUGGCGACGUUUGUGCGUGCUGUUCUUGCACGGCUGCGGCCUGCUGAUUCGGAUGUGGAGGCUCGGGUUGCUGUGGAGCCGCCGAAGAGUGGUGUUUUCAAGGGUGUUUAUGCGCCUGGGAGUAUUGUCAAGACUUGGCAUGAGCAGGCUACUGCUGCCCAGGAGGCGAUUGACGAUGGGGAUGAAACGCACGGUGUGGGAUACACAUGGCGUAAUGAGAUUUUUAAUGUUGCAGGGGCUUAG